AGCGGGCCGGUUAAGUGUCUAUCACAGACUCGGCGCUAUGACGUGACGUCAUCACAGCGAGACAAGGAACUGAAAACUAGGUGUUGGCGCACGUGUGACUGUGUGUUGCGUUCCGUCUAGCGAUCGGACAUACAUAAACUCUUUCAGGAAGUGCAGACGGAGGUAGUUUUUCUCAGCCUCUGGGAAAAUGGGGAAAAGGAAACAGAAGAAAGUACACGCUAUACGGAGAGAGCUGGUAUUUGAUGAGGAAAAGAGAACGGAAUACUUGACUGGUUUUCAUAAGCGCAAAUUACAGAGGAGAAAAGCUGCCGUGGAGGAGAUCAAACGCAGGAUUAAGAUAGAGCAGAAAAAGAUGAGAGAAGAGAGACAUAAAGAAUACAUGAAGAUGCUGAAAGAGAGAGAAGAAGCUUUAGAGGAAGCGGAUGAAGUGGAGAUGUUGGUGACCUCUAAAACAGAGUCUCUGCUGUAUGACCAUCCCAAUCACACUGUAACUGUGACAACCAUCAGUGACUUGGACCUGUCUGGUGUGGGUCUCCUACCCCCUGGCAGCAGACAGGAAGAAGAUGGAGAGAUGAAGGAAGGGGCACAGCCUACAUCCACAGUUUCUCUACCAAAACAAGCUGGGAAUCCAUUGCUAUCAAAGAGGAUUUGUAGUCUCACAAAGUCUCUCCAUGUUCGAAGUCAGCGUAAAUCGAACAAGCGCCCAUCACGGAAUCAGGAGGGUGCAAAGCAAAUGGGAAUGAAGACGUCUGGGCGCACAAGCAAAGCCCAGCGCAGGAGACAAACUGGCAAAACUGGGAGGAACAGAAACUAGAUAUUAUUAGACUUGUGUCCCACAUUUAUAGACUUUACACUAACAAUGUGCCAACACCAAACCACGUCUCCAUGGAUUAUUACUAUUCAAUGAGUAAGCAUGCUGCGUUCAUUUAGAACCAUUCAACAAUGGUUCACAAAUCUGUGGGGAAUUCAGAAAUGAUAUUUGUUAAAUUAUAUUUUACAACAGAGCGAACAUGAGAACAUGAUAACGUUUGUUUUUACAGAUCAUUUGGUUUCCUGCUCUUUGUUGCUCUUGAUGUUUGAGUCCUAUCACAGUCUAUCAUGAGCAUCACUUUGUUUCAGGUCAUUUAGCAUCUACUGUAAAUGAAAAUGGAUUACAAAUCCAGUGGGGAUUCCCUGUUCUUUUCAUAGAGCUGCUCUGUAACAAAUGAGGAAUAAGGGGGUGUGACCGCUUGUUUAAAAAGCUUCAGGUACUGUGUACGAUAUGUGUAUGACAAGACAAGUGGUUCCAGUAUCAUGAUGCAGGUAACGGAAGAGCGGGGGAGUGAGGGGGGCUGUGUUCAUAGUAACCAUGUAAGCACUGGAAAUGUGCGUUACCUGCAUGAGAUAAGAGUGUAUGAUGUUUUUGUGUAGAAGUAAAGGAAAGUAUCCUAUAUGCAAGUUUGGGGUAGACUGGAUCUGACACAUGCAUUCAGUACAUUUAAUUUUCUAAUAUGCAUAGAUAAUUUGUUUAUUUUUUAAGUUCUCACAAAGGUCAUUUUACUGGGACAGAGCCAUGAGUGACGUGUUUAAUUUCAUCUGUUGCUAUUGUAUGUAAGAGAGGUUACUAAUUAUCCAUUUCACAAGUAUGUACAGAAAAGCAUUUCUAUAGGUGUGUGCUCACUGACCAUGUCACAUGACUCGUGGGUAGGGCAGACCUGUGAGAAUUUAAACACUUUUACUGUAUUUAUAAACAUUUAUUUUAAAACGGGCUACUUUAUUAUUUUAUUAUCGCCUGGUGAUUGAAGAUGCGAUGUUUCAUAUGCAGACAUACACUUUAUAUCCUGCAUUUAUGCAUUAUUUAGUAGUAGAACAAGUAGAGAUGUUGUUUUUGUAGUACUAAUGUGGGUAUGAGCACUUUGAGGAUAUCUGGUUUAGGACUGAACUGUGAUCAUAAAGAAUGUAUAUGUGUAUUCACUCUUUAUAACAGUGUCUGUGCUAACCAUAGAUUUGUUCUGCAAUGUGAUACUUGUUUCAUCAUGUGUAACGCUGUCGCUAGCAUUCAUUUGAAGACUGGUGAAGAACAUUUUGUGUCACUGUCGGAGAUUGUAAUACUGGAAUGCACAGUGGGAAUGUGUAGCCUGCUCACCUAUUCACCAUUGAGACUAAGGCGGACAUGAACUAAGCAGUGAUAAAAGUGGAGAAGUGAGCCAGUGGAGAAGUUGCCCACUGCAACCAAUCAGCUGCUCUGCAUACUUUUAAAGUAUGCAAAUUAUAAAUGUUACGUCAAUGCUGAUUGGUUGCUAUGGGCAUCUUCUCCACUGGCUCAUUUCUCCACUGUUAUCACCGCUUAUUACAUGUCCCUCUAAGGGAGGGGCAAAAUAAAAUUCUUAUCAUGUGGAGUAAAAUUGUCUGAAUAUAUUAGAGGAGAGAAAUAAAAUUAAUUGUGCUCUGAGUGCAA